AUGUCGGCAAAGAAGAGCCCAAAGAAGGGCAAGGGCUCCAAAGACAGCAAAGCAAAAGAUGCCCCUGAUGACAUCAGCACGAUCAAGCUGAAGCGAGCCGAGUCCGAGAUAGCGUCCCUGCAGCGACAGCUCGUCGAGCGGGAGCAUGAGGUUUCCAUGGCCCGCAACGAGGAGAAGCUGCUCCGCGAGCGGCUGAUAGCGCUGACGCGCGCGCUGGACGAGCAACACGAGGCAAUCGAAGACGUGACCGACGACCUGACCCGGCGCUUCAAGGCGGGGCAGGACCAGCUGCUCACUCUAGUUGCCGACUUGUCGGAGCGCAACAAGGAGCUGCAGCAAACGCUCGACCGGAAGGAAGACACGGUGCGCCAGAUGAACGCCGAGAAAGACCGCGUGUUGCACGACAAGGAUCGGCAGAUCCAGGACCUCAAGGGGAAAAUGGAAGAGAUGUCAGUGCAGUUUGCGGCGAUGCUCAAGGAAACUUUGGAGAAGAUGAGCGAUCGGGUCACCGGGCAAAGCCGGGUCUAG